GAGAGAGAGAGAGAUUCUUGGUAAUGGUGUUCAACAGUGCGACGGUUAUGGCGGUGGCUGAAGUCUCCACCGACACGUGGCAAUUGAUUUGGAGGGUUCCAUCGUCGCAGAGGAUCAACACAGAGCAGCUUCUUGACAUAGCUGUUUGCUUCCCGAUGCAUCAAUUGAGUCGUUUCGUUCUCUGUUUAUGGACUUUCAUGUGUUUACCUUCUUCUGAUUCUUUCUACUCCUACACCUACGAAACUUUAUCUGCUUCUUCUUCUUCGGAUGCUGAUGAUGAUGAUCGACUUGCUUUUGAUCAUAAUAAUCUUUAUAAUCAUCGUGAUUAUUAUUCUGAUGAUGAUGAUGAUGAUCGAUCUAUUUCAUCGUUUGAUGAUAACUAUUAUGAUCAUUACUCUCAUUCAGAUUGACACUUUUUGUUUUUUUUCUGUUUUUUGGGGUUUAGGUGAUCCCCUGUUUAUUGAGAGUUACAAUCUUAUUUCUUGUUAUUGAGACACUGUAAAUUAUUACUCCUGAAUAUUAAAAAUACAAUUUAAUAGAAUUUCCAUUGAAUUCGCCU